UUUAACAGUUGUUUGUUGAUCGUCAAUUGUGACUUUUCUGUAUCGAAUGUGAAUUCUGAUAAUGACUUUUAAGUCAUAACUAAUCAAAGAUGUAAACAUUUAGAAUCAUUUUUAGCAAAUAAGAGUACGCCGGGGUUGUACUGUCUGGUUCUAUACAGCUGUAUUUACUGCCUGAGUCAAGCACUGCCUGUUCAUCAGUCAACAAUCAACCAUGUCUACGGAUGCUGAGUAUAUUGCAGCUAUAGAGGAGGCCUGGGAGGAGGGUCUAGAGCUAGCCAACUCUACCGAGGGAUGGAAAAAGGAGAAGGAGGAUAAGGAUACGGGUGAUCUGGUUGAGGUAAAGAAAAAUGGGAAAGGGAAGAAGAUUUAUAGAUGCAGGGGAAGAAUUAAUAUGCCAAGGAAACUCUUAGAAGAAGCAUUAAGUGACACGGACAACGUUAAAUCCUGGAACAAUACUCUAACUGAAGCUAAACUACUCAAGAAGCUAAACGAUACAUGUGCAAUCUCAUACCAGAUUACCACAGAAGCUGCUGGAGGAAUGGUGUCAGCUCGAGAUUUUGUGUACGGUAGUAAGAUUGGAAGAACAGCAAAUGACGCGUUUGUAAUGGGUGGGAAAAGUGUGGAUUACCCAGACGCGCCUAAAAACUCCAAAAUUGUGAGGGCUGUGAAUGGUCCUGGCUGCCAGAUAGUUUACCCUGUCGAGGGGAAGGACGAUGAAUGUGAUUUUGUUUGGCUCAUGGACUGUGAGUAUAAGGGCUGGAUGCCUGGAAGUAUCCUGGAUGUUGCAAUGCCUAUGGCGCAGACUCAGUUUAUUGAGUGCAUUAGGAAGUUGGCAGCAAAGAGGAAAUCGGAAGGAAGGUUUUAGAAGAAAGUUCUGCUGCUUAAAAUCCCUCAAACUUAAGAUUUUGAAAAAAGUUCUCUUUUUCAUAAUUUAAGCUUAAACCUUUUAAAAAAAUAACUUUACAGUUUACAAAUAUUCUCUCUAAAUAUUAUGUUUUAUUUUAUUUGCUUUUCAUAAAAUGUUACAAUGUUGUAAGAAAUGGCUGCCAGGCUCAGACACUUCCCGCCAUUUUCUUGAUUUACGCCAUUUUGUUCCUAAAUUGUUAAUUUACAGAUUUACAGUUAAAUAAAUCCAGACUUGCCGUA